AUGAGCAGCCUCACCGAGUUCGACCCAGAAGAGCUCCCCACCUUUAAGCGCAAAGUGUUGCAGGCUCUGUGCAAGGAACGCGAGCUGCGUGCUAAUGGCAAGAACAAGGACAUGGUCGCCGCGCUGGAGCAGUGGUAUGUCGAUACCCAUCUGGAGGCUUCGGUGGUGGGCACGCCGAUGAAGCUGGGGCCGGCCGACGAGAGCGACGUCGAGACCGAGGACAACGACGGCUAUGAAAGCUACGACGACGAAGAGAUGAACGACGACAAUCGGCGUUCACGCUCGCCGUCGGUGGCCGACACCGUUGCGGCGUCGAUGGCGGUGGUGAGCGGGAAGAUCGGCGAUCUGGUGUACCGGCUGUGGAAGAACGAGUCGUACUCUGGCAAAAAGUACUCGUACCGGUCACCGAUCGCCGACUCGCGGUUCACGUCGGGCGGGACGACGCCGCUGCGGAGCACCAAGAUGGCUGUGUCGCCGGCAAUGCCGGUGACGCCGACGACACCGGCGACAGCGACCCCGCAUAGUCGGUCGUCGGACAUGGCCAUGUGCUUCCGUGGCCUGCUUGCCCUUGCGGCGAUCGCUGCAGUGGCGUUUGUUGUUGUCGACCCGACGUUCUUUGCGCCCAAGGUUGUGUACUGCGACAAGGGUCCGAGCAUUGACUCGGCGCACGCGCCUUCCCCACCGGGCUGUGUCCCCUGUCCGUCCGGCGCCACAUGCUUGGGCGGAGCGGCCACGUGCUCAGGACAGUUCCGCAUGUUGCGCGACGGAAAGUGUGUCGAAGUGCCCGAGCUUGUCCGGGCCAAGGCAUAUGUUGCUACCACUGGCGUCAAGCUCAUUGCAACGCGGGCUGGCGAGUUUUUCUGUGGGGGAGUGGCUUCGCGGGCGUGGGAAGAGGAAGAGCUGAAGGAUGCAAUCCGCGCUUCGGCCCCGUCGUCGGUCUUGCCGCUGCUGGACGCUGCGUGGCCCACGUUCCUCUACGACACGGCCCGCCAGUUUACCAGCACGACGUACACCAACACGAGUGGAAUCUACGUGGCUAUGAUGAACCAAGUGGACAACGGGGUCCCGUCCGACGUCGCGGCCCAUCCCGGAAAAGUGCUCUUCUUUGCUGCGCCGGGCUCGGCCCAGUACUCGCUGGUCUGCUCGGCCAAGGCUUAUCUGCUGGAGACACUCAGAACAUACCUGUAUGAGGUCAGCGGCGCGCUCAUUCUGGUCGCGUUGAUCAUGUGGUGGCGGAUGAAGGCCAAGGCGGCGGCGAUGGACAAUGCCGACGCGGCGGCGCUGUACAACACGGUCCUGCGCACGCUGUUCGACUUCAACGGCUCGGUUCCACGCUCGCACAUCAAGCACACCCUGCUCUCGCCGGAGCAGCUGUCGGACUCGCGGUGGGAGCGGAUCUGGGGCCUUGCCGUCCACAAGGUCCUCUCCAACCCGUCGGUUCGCGAGGCGCCGCGUAAGAUCCGCGGCGAGACCGAGAUGAUGUGGGAGUGGAUGUCGGACCUUCCGCCGCACGGCUACAUCGAGUCGCCGGUCACCGUCGACCGGCGGCACCUCAACUUUGAGUCUGACUCGCCGACAAGCACGCCGACUGUCCACCCACCGGCGAGCCCGCCUGCCUUUGACUCGCCACAUGUCAAGGUCGGCUCGGCCCGCCGUACAUCGGCCGGCUCAGCCCGCCGCCGCUCGUACGCUUAUCGGUCAUGA